AUGGAACUUCUAAGAAUCGAGUUUAGUAACUUGAGUGCGGAAGACAAAAAUGUCAAUAAGGAUUUUUUAAACUUGGUAACAAAGCAUACUUUUCUAUUAAAUCAGGCAAAACUACUGAAAGAUACAAUUGGUUUUAGUCUGUCAGUUCAGUUGCUCAUGAGUUGCAUUCUUAUUAGCAUAAUCGGCUUUCAAUUUAUUUUGGCGUUGAAAGUAGGUGACAUAAUUAUGACAGCUAAAACUAUAAUGGUGUUACUUACCUUUUUGACUCAACUGUUUGUCUAUUCUGUCGUGAGUGAAUAUUUGAAAUAUCAAGUGGAGGAAUUUGCGCAUUCAAUUUAUUACUGCAAUUGGCAUUGCUUGUCGGUGAGAUUGAUGAAGAACGUGUUGUUUAUCAUUGCUCGUUCGCAGCAACCCGUUCAGUUCGCAGCUGGCAACUUUCUCGUCGUUAACAUGGGGACUUUUACAUCUAUAUUAAAAACUUCCUUCUCAUAUUUGUCCGUACUGCGUAUGACACUGGACAUGUAA